CUACCACAAGAAAUACAAUGCACAGAAACUCACGAGCGGAAUGCUAUCAGUUCAGAGACCAAGGCUCCUGCCCUUAUGGAGUAAGCUGCAAGUUCUCUCACAACGGUGGUUCGCAAUCAGGUUCCAACCGCUCUCGAGGUAAUGCGGAGAAGAGAAAGCGCUAUAAAAUCGAAGAGAAUUCGGACGCAAUUACCAUGUUCUUCUUGAGGUACCCAGAGUUUUCGUACGACUGCAAGAGAGGUUUAGCAGAAGAAUUCUAUCGUAUGUGUGAUUUCUUUGCCUGGGACAGAGACGACAGAGAGCGCGAAGAGGCUCGCCAAGGGUUUAAAGACGCCAUGGUCAUUCGGUUCAAUGGCUUAUAUGGUACCGACAUUAACAAUCUCGAACAUUGGCACAGACUUUGCGUAGCGGUCCACAUCGAGCCAAUGCCCGUAACCAUUGCUCAGUGCAAGGAGAUAAAGACUAUUCAUGUCAACCUCGUAGACUUGGUGGAUACAUCAGAUCACGAUCCCGAGCUAUUCUCAUCUCUGGAGGAACUUCGAGAAUAUACCAUCGAGAGUAGGAAGUUCUUCCCCAAAGAAUCAGCGUAUGCUGGGGGAAUUCUCAAGUUCCUGCUCCGCGAAAUUUUGUAG